AUGAAUCCCCUUCUCUCCCCCGCGGCGUUGCCCCUCCCUCUUCCCCAUCGCAACCUCCCCUCCCUUCUCUCCUCCGUCGGCACCUCCUCCACUGCCAGCGGCAGGAGCUCGAGGCCCGGGCGGAGGUGGUCGGCCAGCCUCGGGAGCUCCACGCACGGGCGGAGGUGGCCUGCCGGUGCGGGAGCUCGAUGCGGGGCAAGGCGCAGGAGCUCCACGCGGCUGGCCAGCAAAGGGGCUCCACGCGCGGGCGGAGGCGGCCUGCCGGCGCGGAAGCUCACCGACUGCCGCGUUGUGCUCUGUGACGGUGCUGCUGCAUUAGUCUUGGUGAGUGAGCAGAAGGCUCAAGAGCUUGGCAUGCAAGUCCUUGCAAGGAUCAAAGGAUAUGCAGAUGCAGCUCAAGAAAAGAUUAAUGUUCAUGGAGGAGCUGUAUCUUUAGGUCAUCCUCUUGGGUGCAGUGGUGCUCGUAUUUUGGUCACCCUUCUUGGAGUCCUUAGGGAGAAGGGUGGCAAGAUCGGUGUUGCUGGUGUCUGCAAUGGAGGUGGAGCCUCAGCACUUGUUCUCGAGCUUGCAUAAGAAAUACUGACCUUGUGCAAUCGUUCCAGUAGUUAGCAGCAGCUUCCUGCGGCGACCUUGUACUAUUAUAUGGAUGUUUAUUUAUGUUGUAGCUUGUUGAACAUUCUUAGAUGUGUAUUAGUUCAAUAGAUGAGAACUGCAUUUGUAAUACUGUGGAUAAAGCAUAAUGUGAAUUUGUUAUGUACAGAAUGGAUAAAGCAUGUGUAUAUUUGAUGUAUAUAAGGGUAUAUUCUAUCCUC